ACCGCCCUCUUGUGGUCGUUCUGUUUCCUGCCUCUAGAGUCUUUUUACACACCUGAAAUAAAUGAAUUUGAUAUUUCUACCGCCGCUAGAAGAACGCAGGUAAGUGCAACGGCCUGUUUCCUGCUCUUUCGUCGCUACGUUAUUAUUUAUAUAUGUGAACGCACACCAUAACAGCGAGAGUACUUUCUGCUUCACCUUCUUUUGCUCUCUAAAGCUUUCAAUGAAUUUUUUAUAUUAGCAGCUUCAACUUUUCCACAGAAUCGUGCUUCUGUUACACGAUAAAUUACUUUGGACUCAUCAUUUAUCCUCAGACUUUAUAAAAGUCCUUUCUUGCAUGUAAUUGGAGAGCUAUUAUGCAGCUUAUGUUUUUGUUGAAGCUUUUUUUAUGCUUUAUUUUUCCAGAGGCCUCCACACAGAGUCAACAUUUCAGCACAUAUUCCAGCUCAUUGCAUCCCCAACAGCGGAGUUGGAUGCGGAGCACUCGCAGAAAGCCCCUGGCGCCGAACAAGCAGGGGUCCCACCCCCCCAGGUGAAGCUGAAAGACAGGCAGAAGUUCUUCGAGGAGGCCUUUCAACAAGACAUGGAGCAAUAUCUGACCACUGGGUACCUGCAGAUCGCCGAGAGAAGAGAACCAAUAGGCAGCAUGUCCUCCAUGGAGGUGAACGUGGACAUGCUGGAGCAGAUGGACCUGAUGGACAUGUCUGACCACGAGGCUCUGGAUGUCUUCCUGCACUCCGGGGGAGAGGACAACAGCGCUGCAUCACCUGAUGCAGAUGUUGAGUCCUUCACGACCGAGAUCAGCCUCCAGGUCCCCACCCAGGCCGAGCUCCGACACAAGCUGUCGUCCUUGUCCUCCACCUGCACCGACUCGGCCAGCCAGGACACGGAGGCUGAUGAGGACGAGGAGGAGGCCGAGCAUGGAGGAGGAGGUGUUGAAGGAUCAGGAGGAGGGAGGAGGAGGAGAAAACCUCCCGUGGUCGUCACCCUCGACGAAGAGGAGGUUCAUCCUGAUACUGCGCUGGUGGACAGAGAAGAUCAAGAGCAGACCAGUAAAGACUGUGAGGGGAGCAGGUUUGAGCACCGCUGGACUUGAUUCAAACGCACACAGCAAACCCAACAUGGAAACAUCCGGUAGAGUGCGAAAACCCCGAGUCAUCUCUGGUUUCUUUAGAUUAAAAAACAAAGUCUAACCAAACUUCAGAGCACAAGAAAAACAUCUUGCUAAAGUAAAGAAAUCAGCGACGACUCCGAACAGCACAUUACUGAAAAUAAUAAUCGUCACUUUUUCUUAUAAAUCUUUCAUAUAUAUAAGAAAGUCGUGAGAGGAAUGACAAAGAGGUUGCACUGACUGCCACUUAAACUUGCCUUAAAACAACCGCUGAUUUAUCUUCAGAUUUACUUUAAAUAAAUAAAUAAGCAGGUUUUUGCCCCUAAAUAAAUAAAUAAGCAGGUUUUUGCCCCUUUCAGCUAAACAUAUCGAACAUGAUUUGUUGACUUUUAAAAUAUUCUGUUUCUGUAUUUGUGCAUGUUGAGGCUGGUGAGAGGAACCAGGAACGCAGUCGAAUCGUGUAAGAAUUUGUUCUGCUGAAUUUGAAAAAAUCUUUGGAAAUUUUACAAAAAUU